AUGAGUGCGAACGAACAUGUGAUUCUCAAGUCAGACGAAUUUAUCGCUCCAGCUAUGGAACUGAAUCCUCAAUCUUUGAUGGGGGCGCUACCCCUCUCUACCUGCGGCACAUCUGUAUGGUCGCCUUUCAAGGGCAGGGCGAACAUGACGUCUGGCCCUGACUCCCCGACUAAACGGCCGGUGCUUCUGGUUACGCUCCUUCGUGACAUUUUCACCGCUGACAAUCCGAACCUUUCCGUUUUCGAACAUGAUAUCAUCGUUUCAACGGCCGGUUCUUGGGAAAACUUUCUCGCAAACGUCCCCGGAGCGGAUAAAUCUCUCUGUGGCCUUGUGAUCAGUGGAUCCGAAGCCUUUAUCAAAAACGACCCUCUCGAUAGAUUUAUCAACAAAACAGCCAUGCGUUCUGAUCGUGGAAGGGUGAGUUUCCAAUAUAUGCAACUGCCUUUUUGUUGA